ACUGGGAGUUUUCCUGGUAUCCUGGUGGGCCAGUCCGACACUGCAGCUCACUAACCAUCAUGAGUACAAUGAACACAAUCUGACAGAGCUCGGCAGGACUGGGAGCUUAGAGACAGGGGGUGGGACUUGGGUUGCUACAGCAGACUUCUGACUGUCACUCACAGUUAUGACCAUUUCCUGUGGGAGAAUGAAAAGAUGCCUCAGCCUUCAUCCCAGCCCAGACGCCGAGCAGAGGAGAUGUCUCUGCAGCUCUGAUGUCAUUACAUUUUUAAGAGAUUUCCAUUAAAACAGUGUCACUAUGGCCCAGUUUGGGGUACAGAGGAACGCACCUAAUUGGGUAUCCCAAAUUACAGCAGCAGUGGUAUCUCAGCCAGUGUUAAGGGACUCUGCUGUUGUUGAGAGAACAAAUCUACUGAACAUGGCAAAGCUCAGCAUAAAAGGUCUCAUUGAAUCAGCUCUCAGCUUCGGCCGGACCCUGGAUUCAGAUUACCCUCCAAUUCAACAGUUCUUUGUCGUUAUGGAACACUGCCUCAAGCACGGUCUUAAAGUAAGAAAAUCAUUUCUGAGCUUUAACAAAACCAUAUGGGGUCCUCUAGAGAUUGUGGAGAAGCUGUGUCCUGAAGCAGAAGAAAUAGCAACCAGUGUUAGAGAUUUACCUGGACUCAGAACUCCACUUGGCCGUGCCCGAGCUUGGUUGAGAUUAGCAAUGAUGCAGAAGAAACUGGCAGAUUAUCUGCGUUGCCUAAUUAUGCGCCGGGAUCUGUUAAGUGAUUUUUACGAAAAUCAUGCCGUAAUGAUGGAGGAAGAAGGGACAGUCAUUGUUGGAAUGCUAGUUGGAUUAAAUGUAAUUGAUGCUAAUCUUUGCGUGAAGGGAGAAGAUCUGGAUUCACAAGUUGGAGUGAUCGAUUUUUCCAUCUAUUUAAAAUCUGAAGAAGAUGACCUUGACAGGCAAGGAAGAAACAUGCAGAUUGCGGCAAUUUUGGACCAAAAAAAUUAUGUUGAAGAACUCAACAGGCAGUUAAGUGGCACUGUGAGCAGCCUCCACACAAGACUUGACACUUUAGAGAAGUCAAAUACUAAACUCAUUGAAGAGCUGGCUAUAGCAAAAAAUAACAUCAUAAAGCUUCAAGAGGAAAAUCAUCAGUUAAGCAGUGAAAAUGCCAUGCUCUUAAUGAGAGCACAUUAUCAUUUGGAGGCCAUAAAGCAAAGUGCAGAGGAUAAACAUACAAACCAACAUUCAAGACAUGGGCUGUAUGACCUGUAUGCAGAUUCCUGUACACAGCACCAGGAAGAUUCACAAACACAACAUGAUGUCGAUAUUGAACUGGAACCUGCCAGAAUGCAGCAUGAAAUUGAACUUGCUGUUCAAUUGUUAGAGAAGGAUAUUCAGGACAAGCAUGAUACUCUCGUUGGCCUCAAAGAACAGUUAGAAGAAGUAAAAGCAAUAAACGGCGAGUUGUAUCAGAAAAUGCAGGGGGCAGAAGAUGACAAAAGCUCAGUUACUGAUGCUCUGGAAGACAAAAGUGGUUACAUUUCAGCUGCAGUGAGAUCACUUGACCACAGUGAUCAACUUGUGUUAAACCAGACGAGGAGCAUUGGAAUAUCCUAUGGGAAAGAAGUGGCCGUGGAGUCCACCCCACAAUACAAAGUCAUUAAAGAUAUUUCCUUUUAACUU